AUGGGUUGCCCUGUGAACUCGUAUCAGACAGAGAUCCACGCUUCACUACUGAUUUCUGGCGUUCCGUGUUCAAAUCACUCGGAACGCGCUUCAAGAUGUCGACAUCUGAUCAUCCAGAGUCAGAUGGUCGGACGGAACGAGCAUGUCCUCGAAGAGAUACUUCGAGGAUACUUCCACUCCUUUAAGAGUUGGAGUGAGUUUUUGCCAAUGGUAGAGUUUGCCAUUAACAACUCGGUGCAUGCGUCCACGACACAUACACCGUUUUACGUGAAUGGCUUACGCCAUCCGCGUGUACCCACCUUACUCGAGUGUAACUUUGGUUUAAGGGGGGGGAGACUCGCGCGAGCAAAAGAAGGCUCGCUCGAGCAAAAGAAGACUCGCUCGAGCAAAAGAAGACUUGCUCGAGCAAAAGAAGACUCGCGCGAGCAAAAAACGAUUUGGUUCACGCUCAUCACGCUCUGA